CCGGCCUAAUCCAGGGCUUUUUGAGUUGACUCCGAUUGAGACACCGGGCGCAUAGAUAAGAUUUCUCGAUUUCCUAUUUCGGUGCAAGAUCACCUUCGCCGGCACCUUUCACAGCUCCCCUGGGUAAAGUUGGAGAUCUCAGGUUAUAAAACCCCAUUGAAUUCCAUGUCACUUCCGCGCGAUAUCCGUGCAUUUCUCUCUCAUUACCACGGUCAAACGGAUGACUCGCAAGCUUUAGAUAAUCUACUGUUUUACCAAAAUCGUCUGCGCUGCCAGCCAGACGAUCUUUUGAUCAGCGAGAUACACCAGAGCUGGCGCAAAGACUAUAAUCAACUGGAGUACAACCAUGGUUAUAUCCAAUGGGUCUUCCCCAUCCGGGAGAACGGAAUGAAUUUCGAAGCGCAAGCUCUCCAACUACACGAAGCUACGGCGAUGAAGGAAGAUUCUGAUGUCAUCGAGCGCAUCAAGGCCUCUUAUGAGUUGAUGUUGGAUUUCUAUGGCAUGUGCCUGGUGAACUUCGAGACUGGUCUCGUUGGACGCUCAGAAGGCUACAAAACCCGGUACCAGAACCUCUUGCAAGCUCCUCAUAACAACCUUCGGAUCACACGGAUCCUCAAGUGUCUGUCGGAAAUGGACCUGGAGCAUCUGAACGCCGGUUUCCUACUACAUGUCCUCAAUGAACAAAGCGAGCACAAACAGUUAAAUACCAGCCUACUACGGGAUAGCAUGGAUAGAUGGUGGGCUAACUGCUUGAGGAAUAAAGCGGAUCGGGAGUGGAUCGGACUUACAAUAAAGAAGGGGAGGAACGGCGAGACGUUCAGCAGAGAGAAGUACGAAGCCAGUCUGCAGAGGCGAAAGGAAUCAGGAUCCAUUGCGGAACCGCAACUUGAAUGUACUGAUGCGUAGCAGGUACUUUAUGUUUGCACUGUGCAGAAUGACACGAAACUGAAUUACAUCAAAAA